AUGUCCAAUUAUGAAUUCUCUCCUCUUGGUAGGAUAUGGCUUGGUUGGGACCCAAAGGAGAUUGAGAUGGACCUUCACUACUCUUCUUCUCAACUCAUCCAUGCUCAAACAAGGUUGAUUCACAUGGAUAAAACUUGUAUGCUUACAGUAGUAUACGGUGAACACACUUUUAUGAAUCGAAGACACUUGUGGGCUGAUCUCAUUCGGCUCGCCUCAUGUGAUAUCCCUUGGCUUGUUGCUGGUGAUUUCAAUGCGAUUAGAGAUUCAGACGAUAGAGUAGGCAGCUCCACUCCGUGGAUUCCCGCUUUUGAUGAUCUUAAGGAAUGCCUAAACCAAGCGGGACUGGAGGAUCUCCGUUAUGUAGGAUGCAGAUACACUUGGUCGCACUCCUCAGGAGCAAACCGGAAAAUGCGUAAAAUUGACCGAGUACUUACCAAUGAUAUUUGGUCUCAAAUCUUCUCAUACUCGGAAGCUAAUUUCCUUCCUUCUGGUAUCUCGGAUCAUUCCCCAAUGGUGAUCAAGAUUGUUCCUCCGCCUACUUCCAACAAGCCUUUCAAGUUUUUCAACUUUUGGGCUUCUCAUCCUUUAUUUCUGGAUUUAGUCACUCAAGUUUGGCAUUCACAUAUUGUGGGUUCUCCUAUGUUCCAAGUUUGCUGCAAACUUAAAGCUCUCAAGGCUCAGUUGAAACUCUUGAACCGUAGCUCCUUCUCGGAGAUUUCCACAAGAACAGAACAGGCUAGAUCGGACCUAUUCCUUGUUCAGUCGGCCUUGGACUUGAACCCUUUCAACCAGAGCCUUCUUGAAAGAGAAGUGGAGCUUCAAAGAACCUUUUCCGACCUUAGACUACAAGAAGAAUCCUUUUACAGGCAAAAAUCCAGAAUCCGGUGGAUUAAGGAAGGGGACAUGAAUACCAAGUUCUUUCAUCAUCAUGUCAACCAUAGACGUCUUCAUAAUAGAAUCUUAUCUGUUUCGACAGGAGAUGGGGAGUUUAUUACUGAACCAUUGGCGGUCAAGAACCACAUUGUAUGUCACUUUCAGCAACUACUCACCAGUAGUCCAACUAAUAUUCAGCCUCGAUCCGGGAGGUGGGUGGCUUUAUUGACGGGACUUUAG